CUCUUCCCUGCCCUUCCCCAGGCACCAGCGUUGUUCAUUGCUCGAUACGCCCACGUUGGAGGAAGAUGGCCGGCCCUUGGCGGUGGCUCCUGGCGGUGGCCGUGUUGCCCGUGUUGGCCGCGGUGUCGCCCCCUGGUGGGUGCGGGGCCGACCUGGACUCUCUCUACUUCAACCUGUGCGACCUGUCCAGCGUGUGGGGCAUCGUGCUGCAGGCGGUAACCAGCGCGGGCAUCCUCAGCUGCUUCGUGCUGCUGCUGGUCCUGCUCGCCAGCGUCCCCUUCGUUCAGGACGGCAAGAAGAAGAGCGCCCUGGCCGUCCAGCUCCUCUUCAUCUUCGGCACCUUCGGCCUCUUUUGCCUGGUUUUCGACUUCAUCGUCCGCGAGGACUUUGCCACCUGCGCCUCCAGGCGCUUCCUCUUUGGGGUGCUCUUCGCCAUCUGCUUCUCCUGCCUGUUGGCGCACUCUCUCCGGCUCAACUACCUGGUGCGCAGGAACAACGGCCCCAAAGCCGGCUACAUCUUCCUCUUGGCUCUUGCCCUCUCCCUGGUCGAAGUGAUCAUUAAUACCGAGUGGCUCAUAAUCACCGUGGUACGAAACAACGGCACCCAUUCGACCACGCCGGGCGAUCCUUGCAACGUGGCCGAGAUGGACUUUGUCAUGGCUUUGAUUUACAUCAUGUUCCUCAUUGUGGCCACGUUGGUCUCUGCGCUGGCCUCUCAGUACGGCCAUUUUAAACACUGGAAGAAACACGGGGUGUUUAUCAUCGUCACCAUCUGCUUCUCCGUUGCCAUUUGGAUAGCCUGGAUUGUGAUGUACGUCUACGGGAAUGGCCGGGUGGGGAACGGACGCUGGAACGACCCGACCCUCUCCAUCGCCCUUGUUGCCAACGCCUGGGUCUUUGUCUUCCUUUACACCAUCCCCGAGAUCUGCCACCUGACCAAGGCCAGCAUGGAGCAGAACUACGUUGAGGAGGUCUACCCCACCAGAGGGGUGGGCUACGAGACCAUCUUAAAAGAGCAGCAAGCUCACCACAUGUACAUCGAGAAUAAAGCCUUCUCCAUGGAUGAACCCAACGCAGCGAACAAGCCCAAGUCUCCGUACAGCGGCUAUGCCGGUUACAACGGGCAGCUCCGUAACAGCGUUUACCAACCGACCGAGAUGGCGUUGAUGAACAAAUCCGGCCCGUUGGAAAAUCCCUACGACCACUACAUCCCGCGGGUCACCAUCAACCAGUCUGCGUUCUCCAGUAACGCGUCCACGCUCCGCGCUGAAGACGCGUUUACAGCCGAGAGCCGGCGGUCGGCCCAGCCAGAGGGCGGCAGUGGGCAGCCAUUUUAAAGCCCGCGUCCGCGAGGGAGACCACUAACAAACGUACGUGUGGGUCGACGUGCAACCUGGAACAUCUCCGUGGUGGAAAGAGUCUCUCGGCUGAUCCCUCGUGACAUGACCCCAAAAGCCUGAAGCUUUGGGCCUUCCCUGACGACCUUCCCUUUUACUCAGCCUUUGGGAUGGAAUCUCAUCCGAAGAUAAAGCGACUUGUUUACUGUAACGGACUGAAAGCAGCCCGUGUGGAACGUGGUCUCGGAUCUCCUCGAAUCCUCGGGCCGGCCCACCGUGAGCAGUGUCCCACGCAGAGACCAAGCUUUCUCGAAUGGUCUCCUGUGAACAAUGACCAAUAUCCUCACUGUCUCUGCGAACUCUGGGCUGAACAGCCUGUCCCCAAAGCCGCCCCAACUGUAACCAGAAGGUUCCGUGACACUGGAGCGCCAGCGGGCCCCACUGACGUUGUGCGGACGGAACUCUCCCAGUAGAGAUGUCCUUGGCUCACGGUCGGAAAGUAGUCCAAAUUCCCACUUCAGGCAUGAGACUGACAUUCUUGGGGAAUGCUGCAGCCUUGGAGAUGCCAACCGUUGGGUUGAGACGGUCAAACGAGAUCCAUUCAGCAUCAGGAGGGGUGUGAAGAUUCCAACGCCGCGGUUUUGAGGAAGCGCACUGAAGAUACUUCUGAUGUCCAGCCCAACUCUGGGGGGAAAACAGGUCACCUGGUCACUGACGGCCUCUUGGCUGCUUGCGUUUUGUACAUCCGUACAGUGACCACAUUCCAAAACUACAUGUUGUUCAAGAAGGAACUGCAGAUGCUGGAAAAUCGAAGGUACACAAAAAUGCUGGAGAAACUCAGUGGGUGCUGAGGGGUUUCGGCCCGAAACGUUACCUAUUUCCUUCGCUCCAUAGAUGCUGCUGCACCCGCUGAGUUUCUCCAGCAUUUUUGUGUACCGCCAAAACUACUUGAUGACCGCAAAUCCAUAUUUGGAUUAUUUUGGGGCUUUUUUAAAAAUGCUCGUCUUUUUUUUGCCUAUGCAUAAUUUGGAAAUAUAUCGCCAUUCCUUUGUCGCCGGUUCAAAGCCGCGUCGAGCGUUCUACAUCACAGCGACGGCCACGUGGAGACGGUGAUUGGAGGAAGCAACCUGUCACCGCCGUCUCCUGGG